CCACCACCUCAACACAAUUCCAAGAUGGGUUUCACCGACUUCGUCUCCGAAUCUGGUCUCACCCUGCUUGACCGCUGGGUUCAGACUCGCAGCUACAUCGUUGGCUACGCCCCUUCCCAGGCCGAUGUCAAGGUCUUCCAGCAGCUGAAGGAGGCUCCCGCCGUUGAGAAGUACCCUCACGCCUACCGCUGGCACAAGCACAUUGCCACCUUCGAGUCCGAGUUCGAGACCCUUCCUGGUGACCCGUCCAAGGCCGCUACCGCUUAUGGCCCCGAGUCCAGCGACCUCACGGUCAACCCUGCUGCCGCUCCCGAGAAGGCUGAGGAUGAGGACGAUGUCGACCUCUUCGGCUCUGACGACGAGGAGGAGGACGCUGAGGCCGUGAGGAUCAGGGAGGAGCGUCUGGCCGAGUACGCCAAGAAGAAGGCCGGCAAGGCGAAGCCUGCCGCCAAGUCGGUCGUCAGCUUGGAUGUCAAGCCCUGGGAUGAUGAGACUAACAUGGAGGAGCUCGAGGCGAACGUCCGUGCCAUCGAGAAGGACGGUCUCGUCUGGGGUGCUUCCAAGCUCGUUCCCGUUGGUUUCGGUAUCAAGAAGCUCUUCAUCAACCUGGUCGUUGAGGACGAGAAGGUCUCUCUUGAUGAGCUCCAGGCGCAGAUCGAGGAGGACGAGGACCACGUCCAGUCCACCGACAUUGCUGCCAUGCAGAAGCUGUAAAGCUAGAGUGUUCACUCAAUAUCCCCCUUUGGAUCUCUAGCUGCAAUGACAUCGAGCAUGUCUUUUUCUUUGCCUUCGCUAUGCCUCUUCCAUGAUGGGUUUUGGGAAGGUCAUGGUAUUAUGGAUUGAUGUCUUACGAGCGCUUUGUGAAAUAGAUAAGCCAAUAAAAAAGAUGAAUAUGGCAAACUGCUGCAUGUGAAGUCGCAGUUGUGCGCGC